AUGACUACCAAAGAGGGUUCUGCUCUCAUCAAUUUACCAGAAGGGGUUUUCUACAAUCCUGUUCAGGAAUUUAAUCGUGACAUAACUAUUUGUGUUAUAAGGCAUUACCUUCAAAAACAUUUUAAAGAGUUCAUUGACAAAGGACUUAAAAAAGCGGUUGAACAUGGACAGCCAGAACCAGCAGUCUACCGCGGGUUAGCUGUUCUUGAGGCACUCGCUGCUUCUGGUUUACGUUCUGUGAGAUAUGCCAAAGAGAUACCACUUAUUUGCAGACUAGUAGCCAAUGAUCUUGACCCGGCGGCAGCGAAAUUGAUAUCUGAAAAUGCAAAAAUCAACAGUGUUGAAGACAUUGUAACAUCAUCCUGUGCGAACGCUGUAACGUUGAUGAUGGACUGUUCCAAGGAUAAGUAA